UCCUCCACAGCACACUUCUCAACCAAUAUCUUCAUCCUCCUAGUCUCUCUCUAAGUAUUUUUCUUCUCUAUCUAUUACUGCCCCUAGAAAGAGAAACUACUAGCGAUAGAAAGAGAGCUGCUUAGUUCUCCCCGCUAGAACCAUUAACAGAAGGAAUUAUCGACAGUGCAACCAGUGAUGUAUGCGCAUGGCGCACCCUCUCUCUUAGUCUGCUCAUAUCCCCAUUUAUUCCAGCCUGUUUCUGUUAGCAACUAAUCUCCUCUUCAUCAUUCCUCUCAAGUUCUCCUCCACAGGCUUUAAAAGCCUGAAACCUUAGCCUCUCACUAGAACGCCCAAAGGCACACAAGUUUCUAUUUCUUUACAGAGCUGUAAGGGCUGAAGAACCGUAAAAAUAAUGGAUCCCUGCCCUUUCGUGCGCAUAACUGUAGGAAAUCUCGCUCUAAAAAUCCCCGUCGCUUCGAAACCUGCACGCUCUGUCGUUCACCCUUCAUCCUCGCCCUGCUUUUGCAAAAUCAAACUCAAGAACUUCCCUCUUCAAACGGCCGUCAUUCCCUACAUUCCACCAGACAACACCCAAUUUCCUGAAGGCCAGCACCAAACUCUAGCUGCCACUUUCCACCUAUGCAAGUCCGAUCUCGACCGGCUCGUUACCAAAUCUAUUUUCACUAACAAGCUCCACGUCAAAAUCUCUAUCUACACUGGCCGCCGCGGCAACACUUGUGGAGUGAACUCAGGGAGGUUGUUAGGGAAAGUUUCAGUACCUCUGGAUCUUGCGGGAACGGAAUCUAGAGGGGUUGUGUUUCAUAAUGGAUGGAUUUCUGUUGGAAAAGAGUGUGUUAAAGGUUCCUCCGCUCAAUUUCAUUUGAAUGUCAAAGCUGAGCCUGAUCCAAGGUUCGUGUUUCAAUUUGAUGGAGAACCUGAGUGCAGCCCCCAAGUGUUUCAGAUCCAAGGCAAUAUUAGGCAGCCAGUUUUUACUUGUAAAUUCAGCCUUAGAACCACCACCGGUGACCGCAAUCAGAGAUCCAGAUCAUUGCAAGGGGAGCCCAACAGCUCAAGGAGCUGGCUAACUUUUGGGAGCGAAAGAGAGAGACCUCUAAAAGAACGAAAAGGCUGGUCAAUAACAAUCCACGACUUAUCUGGCUCACCAGUAGCCGCCGCUUCAAUGGUAACUCCAUUUGUCCCCUCACCCGGUUCGGACAGGGUAAGCCGCUCUAACCCUGGCUCGUGGCUCAUCCUCCGCCCCGGAGACGGUACCUGGAAACCCUGGGGUCGGCUCGAGGCUUGGCGCGAGCGAGGGUCAUCUGAUGGGCUUGGCUACCGUUUUGAACUAAUCCCUGAUACAAAGGGUAGUAUGAGCGCAGCCAGUAUUGUAUUAGCAGAGAGCACACUAAGUUCGCACAAAGGAGGCAAGUUUGAAAUUGAUUUAGGAGCUGGCUCAAACGGACGAGCCACGUCCCCCGUGGGCAGCCCAAGGGGCAGUGGCGAUUACGGUCAUGGAUUGUGGCCUUAUUGCAUGUACAGAGGGUUUGUUAUGUCAGCUAGCGUGGACGGAGAAGGAAAGUGCAGCAAACCUGGCGUGGAAGUGAGUGUGCAGCACGUGAAUUGUACUGAAGAUGCAGCUGCUUUCGUGGCAUUAGCAGCAGCCGUUGAUCUGAGUAUGGAUGCUUGUCAGCUUUUCUCACAACGGCUAAGAAAGGAGCUCUGUCAAGAUCAGGAUUUGCUUGGCUGACAUCGACGCUGAUUCUGGGCUUCUUUGAGCUUUUUGGGGGCCUUUUACGUCGUCGUUUUGUGUUUUUUUUUUCUGGGCAGAUGGAUAUUUUAAUAUUUUCCAUCGCGCUGAGGGGAGGUUUUUACUUACCGCUACUAACAACCAAUGAACAGACGUUGUACAGGGGAGAGAUUAGACAGGCACGCUUUGUUUUUUUUUAUUCGUGUGGCUUUUUUCGGUUAUUUUCCCUCUUUUUUUUUUUUUUUUUCUUCUUUCAAUUUUUUAAAUUAGAUUGUAACAAUUUAUCGAAAUGUCAAUUGCUUUGUUGGCAACCA